GAUUUGUUCUGAUGUGAGGACAAUGUAUACACUCCUGCCAAUUACUUCGUAUUUAGUUGCUGAACAGUGAGCAGGAAGUGAGCAGCAGCAGGAGCUGUAGCUGUCUUUCUCUCCCUCUCUUAUCUGGUUGCUGAGAGCAAUUAUAACGCCUUCUCCUGCUUCCUAGCUAAAUUUAAGCUAAAGCAGGACAGACAAGAGAAUUAAACCGGGACUUCCACAGCCCAUGUUGAGAAAUACCACCAGCACAGUCUAUGGCGGUGGGAGAUCAUGUUCUUGCUUGUCAGAAUCCUGCCAGAUGUGGGCAUGUUGAUCAUCCUGCCAGGACUCAGGAAGCUGCACCGGUGGUCUGAAAUUCUCUCAGAUAAUCCGGAGUAUCAUAAGACAUGCAAACUCUUUUCCUUGUGUUUGGGACCUUGUAUCCUGCUUAUUAUUCAUACAAAGCUGUGAAAACCAAAAAUGUAAAGGAAUAUGUUCGAUGGAUGAUGUACUGGAUUGUUUUUGCCCUUUACACUGUUAUUGAAACCGUUGCAGAUCUCACAGUGUCCUGGUUUCCACUGUACUAUGAACUUAAAGUGGCAUUUGUUAUCUGGUUACUGUCUCCUUACACUAGAGGAGCAAGUUUACUUUACAGAAAAUUUCUGCAUCCUCUUCUGUCUUCCCGUGAACGAGAUAUUGAUGACUAUAUAGUUCAAGCUAAAGAGCGUGGCUAUAAUUCCAUGGUGAAAUUUGGAAAGCAAGGUCUAAACCUGGCUGCAACAGCCGCUGUGUCAGCAGCAGUGAAGAGUCAAGGUGCAAUCACAGAAAGACUGAGAAGUUUAAGUAUGCAUGAUCUAACAACAAUACAAGGUGAUGAACCAAUAGGAUAUCGCUCUCUAACUCAAGCUGCAGAUACCAAAAAGAAGACUAAGCGUCUAUCCAAGGAGGAUCCUACCAAACAUUUCAAUUUUGAUGAGGAAGUUGAUAGUGAUGAUAGGCCAGAGGUGGACCAUGAGGGUGUUCAUUCAGAUGAUGAAAUUGUGAGUCAAAAACAACUCCGUCGAUCUCAGAGUUUUAGAAUUGUGAAACAAAAAGGUCAUCGUAGAGAGCUUCGAUAUGGCUCACUCAAGCUGAAAAGCAAGAAGAGACCUCAGUGUAAUUACAUCACUUUGGGAUAAAACAAAUGGGAACACACCACGGAUGUUUGUUCUGAUUUCUGGGGUGACCUAAGUAUUUGUAUUUGGGUUUGGUUUAAAAAUAUUUCAUUUUUAUUUUUCAACGGUGUGAAGAUAGUUGCUUCAGUGGACUUUCUGGCAUUUUAUGUAUCCAUCGAGUUGACCCAGUAAGUGAAUACAGUAUUUAUAGCAGAAAUGUCACACGAUAGCACUGAACUCCAGUCCACACAUUUUAUAAUAUUUUGCUGACUGAGGNAAAAAUUACCUUAUCUUUACAGAAAACAAAUAUAUUGAGAGGAAAGUAUUAGGGAAAUUAAUUAAAGAGUUCAUUAAAAAUACAGUUUUAAAAUCCUGAGGAUUUUCUACAUUCACAUUUUCAGCAUCACUCUAACAGUUGUGCAGAAAGAUUUACAAUUGACCAAUUAUUAAAGCACCAAACUUUUCGAAACUUUUUGAAAUGACGUAAAACAAAAUGUGUCCUUAAUCUGUAACAAAACAUAUUGUGAACUGGAAGCUUUUCAAGUGCUGCUUUAACUAUUUGACCAUUAUUAGGUUUAUGUUGCUCUUCUGAAAAGAAGAUUUCUAAAAACAUGUAAAAACAUUUUACACAGCUGUGUAAAAUGUUACCCAUGGAAUAUAUACAGUAUAAAUCUGUAUGGCCAAAUAUGAAAUUCCUUGAAAUAUCUGAAAACACCAAUUGCAUGUUUUUAAACAUAAUUGUUAACUUAUUUUUUUAGUAUAUGUUAUCAAUUUGUAUUGAUUUCUGUACUUGUUUAAAUAUGGAACAAACCUAUUUUAUUCCUAAGGUAAAUACUUGAGUUUAGUGUAGUAUUGAGUGCAACAACUUCUAUAGUUCCUGUAAUUCAAUGCAAUUUGGCAUCCUAAUUUGAUUAUUUAUUUGCCAGGUCUUCAAAUCAUGUGAGAUAUAUUUGAAACUAUUGCUAUUAGGUUUUAUUCUGAUAAGCAGCAGAGCUGCAAUAAAUGUACAGGUUAAUAUAAACCUGCAAGUUUUUACUGUAAUAAAUCCUUUUCAGAUUUGUA